CAUGCGCUUACCUCUGUUUGAAGCCGGUUUUGGAUCGCUGGAGAGAGGGCAAUAGUGCUGCAGUUUCACCAUUCACAGAACGUCACCUGCUGGGGGGACAACGUUCGAUCAGUGGUCUUGAUUUUUACAGAAUAAUUAAGCAGUUGUAGUAGAAGAAAAUGUCUGCAGCAGAUGAAGACACUGAACUGAGGGAUCUUCUGAUUCAGACACUGGAAAAUAAUGGUGUCCUCAACAAAAUCAAGGCAGAACUACGUGCGUCUGUGUUUCUGGCCCUGGAAGAACAAGACAAAGCAGAGAACAAAACUCCACUUGUUAAUGAGAGCCUCAAGAAAUUCCUAAACACAAGAGAUGGUCGUUUAGUAGCCGGCCUUUUUACGGAAUUUCUUCAGUUUUUUAAUCUUGACUUUACGUUGGCAGUAUUUCAACCUGAAUCAUGCUUAGGAAAUGUACCUGAUGAUCGAAGUCAUUUAGCAAGAGACCUUGGAAUAAUGGAAUCAGAAGGUGCUAAAAAUGGUCCUUUGCUACUUGAAUUAGUGAAAAAAUGGCGUUUAAAGGACAAACUAAUAAGUGGAGGCGAACAGAAUGAUAAACCUGUCUCUGUUCCUAAGGAGUUAUCUCCAAAACAAAUUGCUGAAGCACAGAAAAAAUUUGAUUUUUAUGACAAGGAUAGAAAUGGUUUAAUCAGUAAAGAUGAGCUAAGGAUUCUCUUCGUUGAUCUUUUCCCUCAUUUUCACAGGAACAUGCUGGAGAGAUAUGUAAAUGAUGAAUUCAAAGCAGCAGAUAAAGACUUCAAUAAUGGAAUUGACUUUCAUGAGUUCAUUGGGAUGUACAAACGCUUGUUCAUUCAUUGUAGAAGUGUAGUAACACAUGAUGUAUCUGACAUUCUACAUUCGCCCCGAAGAAUAGAGGGAAAACCAAGUGUACCAGGCACACAAAAUAAGGUUAUUGACACCAAUGGCGAAAAACACAACAUUGUAUAUAUAGAUUCUAAGAAAAAAAUUGAAAAUAACAACAAUAUUGCAAAUGAUGCCAAACUAGACUCCAAGGCUGGCUUGCUGUUCUCGAACACAUCAGAAGGAAAAAGCUUAGAGAUCGAUGAGGAGGAUAUUGAAGGAGACUCAUUCUUUGAUGAUCCAAUACCUAAACCAGAAAAGACAUAUGGAUGCCUGUCGAACAGUGAUGCAAAUAAUUCAGGGAAGCAUAUAUCAGGCAAUGGAGGAAAUCCCUCUCAAAAAUUGAAAAAUGAACCAAGCAAAUCAGCUGGAGGAUUUUCCACUCUUACAACAGCUCCACCACUGAAAACUGAUGUCAUUUCACUCACUGGAGCACCUCGUUUUAAAGAUUCUGACAAAGAAAAUAUACAUGCAUCAUUCAAAGUAAUAAAGGGAUCGCCUGGAGAUGGUGAUGAAGAUUACUAUGCUGAUGAUUUCAACAGCACCAGCCAGCGGUCUGAUAAAAGUGAAAUUAGUAUUGGUGAAGAGAUAGAAGAGGAUUUAUCGAUAGAUGACUUAAAUAUCAGUGACAAGCUUGAAGACCUUACUCUGGAUCAUACUCUAUCCCACAUCAGCGACGUUGCAGAUUACCUGGAAGAUGUUUCAUAGACCUAAUUAGAUAAUAACAUGCAUGUCAUUGCCUUUUGGGAAUAUAUAUAUAUAUAUAUAUAUAUAUAUAUAUAUAUAUAUAUAUAUAUAUAUAUAUAUAGUAUGUAACAUAAUUAUGGAAGAUCUGCCUCACAGCAUCAGCAAUCAUUAGGAAGUAAUCCUAGUUUAAAGAAUUUCCUGCUUGUAUAUUGGUAUUGGGUAAUUAAUAUUUUAUGGAUUUUGUUACAAAAUUGUGGACACAAUUACUGUUUCCUUCAGAAUUGCUAGUGCUUGAGCACUUGGGGGAACAAAAAAACCCUUUUUCUUUUGAAACCUGCAAAUGAAUUGUGGGAUAUGAUUAAUAACCUUUGCUACAAAUUCUACUUGAUUUGAAAAUUUAAGCAUGUGUCCAUGGUCAGCCCCCCAUACUAUUGUUCCUGCAUCAGAACUAGUUUAUAUAUUCUCUUUAAAAGAGUAAAACAUGAUCAACCAUGUCAGAGAAAGAAGUAUAUUAUGGACAUUAAAAUAUUUAAUUCCCUGAUAUAUCGUCACAAUUGCUUGAAAUAAGCUACACUCAAAUUAUCUUCUUUUAUAAGACAUAACAUUGAAAGGAUGUUUCUAAUUUUAUUUUCCUGCAAGUGAUAUUUUUGGUUAUGGAACUGAGAAAAUGUAUUGACGGGAAUUUCAGAAAGUUCCGUUGAAUAACUUACAUUCUUUUGUUAAUUUAUUUUUUUAAAGAUCUUUGCUAUAUUUUUGUGUCUAUCAGCUACUCCUGCUCUGAAAGUCUUUGUUGUUAUUCAUCAAGGUUAUAGGUACAGAAAAUAUAUAAUUACCUAUUAAAAUAUAUAUUUUUGUAUUUACUUUUACAAUAAGUCUAUCAUUCUACUGAAGGGUAGCUGUCAUUAAAUGCAUUCUUUUUAUCAUACUUGUCUGUAAAUAUGGAUAUCUGUAAGUUAAUAUCUAUGUAGUAGCAGUCUGCUGGAGCAAAACACUACUUUACUAGCAAACUACGUAAAAUAAGCUGUAACUUAUUUUAUAGCAGAACAUGAGCAAUUGAAAAGGAGUCUUAAUAAGCUUUAAGGUGCUAUCUCUAUCUGUCUCAAGGAUUUGUUUGCCUUUCACAUUUUUCUUUUCAGAAAAAAAAGUUUACAUUAUUCAUAUGCAAAAUAAAAACAUAUGGUGUAAA